GCAACUUAGUUGGAAAUUUGCAUGGCGCGGCGACGGACGUGUGUGAGCGGACAGAAAACUACGAAAGCCAAACGAAAUCUAGCGCCAGGCGGAUCGAAAUUUAAAGGCGAGGCGCGAAAUGUGCGAAAGUUUGAAAAACACACAAAAUAGUAACUGGCUGCUGGCAACAAAUACCAAGAAGUGGGCGCGCGAUUGGGUGUGGCUCUGCUGCAGCAGUAAUAAAUGAAUGUGAAUCCGAGUGCUCAUCCUUUCACAGAGCCCGUGUGAAUACAAGACAACAAAUGCAAAUGUGUCUGUGAAUUGCAAUGUGUCCUUUAUAAAUCAACACAAAAAUCACAUUUCCAAUUGCUGAGCAUUAAAACGGAUACAGCAAAGCCAACAGCAACAACAAUAACAGCAGAUCUAAAGUCAAAGUCGUCAAACAGCACUUCAAACGCUGAUUGCGUCCUUGUAGUCCUUAAGAAAAAGUAAAAUACAAAAUAAAACAAGUGAAAGAUGUGUGAUUUGUGAUAGCUGUGAAGCAUGUGGCAAAUCAUUUGGAGCAGCACCAGCAGCAGCAGCCGCCACCUUCGGGCGUAGACUGGCAGGUGUGCGACAGAUAGAGAAAGAGAGAGCGAGCAGCACGCUUAGCUGCGUGUCUCUGUAUGUGUGUUCUAAGCCGUGAAGCAUGACAAGGUACUUGAGCUAACGAAUCUCGGAUUAAACGCAAAAAAAAAGCAGGAACAACAACAACUAUUAAAUAGAUAAAGCAACAACAGCAACAUCAACAGAAACAACAACAAUAGAGACACAUAUCCAAGGUGUGACACAAAGCAGCCACCAAUCUUCGCACGCAAUAAAAUGCGCUGUCGACGGGCAGCUAAAGGAGCGACAGCAGAAGGAGAAGGCGAAGGAGGCGGAGGGGCAGGCGCACUUGCUGGCAGAAGAGCCAGCAGAUUUAGCCCGGCAUCUGGAGUCAAGGGAGCUGGCAGCGUACUGCUGGCAUUUCUGGCAGCUGUCAGCUUUUGUGGCAUGCAUACCCCACUGGCAGCAAAUGCCUCAACGCUUGGCGACAACUCAUCGCUAAUUGCGGCAACGAACGGGGCAACAGACGCUGCCACAGCUGCCACAACUUUGCUGGGCAAUCAAUGGGGCAUUGAGCCGGAGAGCAGCACAACGGAACAGCAAACGGCGGAUAUUUGGAGUGAGCAACCCGAUACGGCAACUUUGACAAAAGGCUUCUCGAUACCCACGUAUUUGCCACCUUUUCCGGAUUUCAUUGCUGCUGAUUUGCCACAGUCGUCGUUGACAACGACAACGACGUCAACAAUGCAGGGCCACAGUCGAAUCCCCGCGGGCCAGGCCAUUGCUGAUACGGACUCCGUGCAAUCGACUCCUAAUAAGCAACAGCCACAGCCACAUAUGCGUCUACAUGCCUACGAUAGCGAACAAAAGGAGCAGCAGCUGCGACGAGAGAAGCAGCUGGCACGUGAGCGGGAGAAGUUGCCCAGGCCCCAUCUCAGUCUACCAUCUCGGAAUGUUACCGUACAGGCGGGCCAGCAUGCCUAUCUGCCGUGCCAGCUGCAUCAGCACUCAAACAAGCCGCUCUCCUGGGUACGGCUACGGGAUGAACAUAUCAUCGCUGUGGAUCACACAACAUUUAUCAAUGAUGCACGCUUCGCAGCCCUGCUUCAGUCAUCCCAUUCAAAUCUUACCAGCAGCAUAGUGGAUGUUGUCAAUGGCAGCGGCAGCAGCAGCAGCAGCAGCCUUGGCUGGACUUUGCUCAUCAAAUAUGUCAAUCUGCAGGACAUGGGCUGGUAUGAAUGCCAGCUAGCCACAGAGCCCAAAAUGAGCGCCAAAGUCCAGCUUUUUGUGAUAACUCCAAAAACGGAACUCAUUGGCGAUAAGCAACGCUUUGUCAAGGCUGGCAGCAGAGUGGAACUUCACUGCAUUGUGCGUGGCACAUUGGAGGCGCCAAAGUACAUAGUCUGGUAUCGAGAGAAUCAACAGGUGAUGUCCGAGAACGAGGCGAGUGGCAUCGACAAUGGCUGGUACACACAAAUCGAUCGAAAUAUCUUUGGCAGCACCGAGCACAAUCGCAACACGAUCGGCAGCUUAGUCAUACCCAUAGUGCGUAAGAGCCAUUCCGGAAACUACACCUGCGAGCCGGAGAACAGUGAAGCUGUUUCCAUACAACUGCAUGUGCUUAGCGGCGAGUACUCGGCUUCGGCAAUAAUGUCCACAGCGGCUGGAUUGUAUAAGCAUGGCCAUGGCUACAACAGUUUUCAUCAGUGGCUGAUCUUUCUGCUAUUGGCAAUUCAUAAGACAUGAGCAUGCCGUGGCAUCCAUCCCGUUGGAAUAAUAUGUGUUUAAUAAUACUGAUAAGGUUAAUUUCUAGGUAAACUGCACACCCUUUUAAAGUAAAUAAUACUCCGGGCACUUGUGGAAGUGUUUGCGACGUUUUCUCACUUAAUUUCUGCACCGUAUUUCAUACAACUUCUAGAUAUAAUAUGUCAUGUCCUUUGUUAUUGCUUUUGAAAUUAGAUUGCUAAGCAUUUUUAACUUUAAGCAUUCAAUUGUGUUUGAGACAAAGAUAUUUGCGUAAAUAAAGC